GAUGAAUCGACUUGUGGUUAUCAAUGCAGCUCUAUUUGUCCUCACUGCAAUCAGUGCUGCAGGCGGUUCGUGGUGUUACCAUGAUCCUAGCUGUGGUGACACCACUUGGUCCACCAUUGCCUCAGAACAUUGCAAUGGAUCGCGACAGUCUCCCAUCAACAUCGUCUCCGCAUCAGCAGUGGGCGAUGAAACCCUGACUGCCUUCACCUUCACCAAAUACGGAGACAAUUAUACAAUGAACAAGAUGAAGAACACUGGCAAAACUGUCAAAGUCAAGCUGACGAGUGGAGUCCAGAUUGCAGGCGGGGCCCUGUCUGAGGCCUAUGACAGCCUGCACUUUCACCUCCACUGGGGGAAUGGUACCUCAGUACCUGGGUCGGAGCACACAGUGGAUGGAACCCGCUACCCCAUGGAGUUGCACAUAGUAAAUGCAAAGUCUUCGCACAACGGUAACACGACCACGGCCGUUGCAGACAGCACGGGACUCGCUGCUCUUGGCUUCUUCAUAGAGGUGAGAGGAUGCUUUAACCUUCCUAGAAAUGGCAUCCAUUUUUCCAUUCCCGUACCAGGCAAUGUGACUGGUUCACCAGCAGCCUGGAAUACCCUGACAUCCUACUUGGCCAACAUCACACUAAAAGAUGAUAUUGUGAACAUUACUCAUGCUAUUUCAUUGGAUGAGCUCCUGGAAGGGGUGGACCGUACCAAAUACUACCGUUACCUUGGCUCCCUGACCACUCCAAAUUGCAACGAGGCUGUGGUUUGGACCGUGUUCAAGGACCCUAUCAAAGUCAGCCAGGACUUGGUGAGUUUGUGA